UAGAGCGAUGCACCUCAGCCAUCCAUGCUAGCUAGCAAUACCGACUUAGCCCCACAUCGUGCUGAGUACCCCCACUCGCAAGUAUUAAAGAAAGGGCCACAGAAGCUUUUCGGCCCCAAAAUGAGUGACCGCUGAUCGCAUAUCCAAGAGCACAUAUUCCUUCUUCGGCUUAGUUCAUCAAGCGAGUAUUGUUAGCAGAGCCCAUGGGUGGGUCUCGGUAGUAGAGUGGGAUCAUCCGACAACCAGAUGAAUUGAGCUAUAUAUGUACAUAUCAAAAUGAAGCUAUGGCCUUUGCACAUGCUGAGUUAUGUGUUGAUACUCCAAUCCAUGGCACCAGUCUCUAUCCCGAACGUGAGCUCAAGAUUAGAUGGGUGACAAAAUGCGCUGUGUCCUUUUGUGCCAGGAAUUACAAACUCGCUGUCAUCCGUGGCAUUCCAUCAAUCCCUGUGUCAGAGCCAGACUGGGGAGAGUUGUUUAAUGAAACGAGGCACACGAAUUAUUAGUAACAGUCAAAUGCUUUUGCACUUCCCUCUAUGCUGGAAGCCGAGCCGUGUUCCGCUGAGCGCAAACGCAUCGAUUCAAGCGCUAUAUUCCUCAGAGGUUAUUAGUGACCCUGAAUAUGCAAUCUGCUAUUAACGCCACGAGUUACAUUAUAUAUACACC